AACAAGGUUGCAAUCACAGACACAGACACAGACACAGACACAGACAACCACACUAAUUUUUUUUUAAUAAAAAUAAUACUUGGCGGUGAGUGUCACUCUAAAGCAACAACAAAAACAUGAUAAAUCCUGCUCCUGCGAGCUUCUGGACUCAGGCAAACGCGCUUCUUAGGAAGAAUCUAACCUUCCAGAAACGGAACGUGAAGACAAACGUUCGGUUAAUACUGUUCCCGUUGAUCCUGUGCGUUUUGCUGGUUGUCCUGCAAGGUUUAAUCGACGCUGAAUUGGAUAAGCCUGCGAACAAAUGUGGUUGCGUUUGUGCCAACAACAAAACAAAAGGCGCUCAGUGCCACGACUCAGAGAAGCUUUGUGGGGUCCAGUAUUCGGAUUCGGGUCAAGCUGCACUCUGUGCUAUUCCCAACCCACCCGAAUGGCCUCCUCUGUUGCAACUUCCGGCUCCUCCGAACCGAGCCGUACGAACCCCUCUUCUUCCCUUUUCAGAUUUGCCAGAUGCGUCAUGCAGGAGAACCGGGUCGUGUCCUCUAACUACGCUCUUCACCGCCAAUAAUCACUCUUUUGGAGAAAUUGUGUCUGGAAAUAUGUUCCCAAGUGAAUUCAGUAUAAAUGACUCUGAUAUCAUGGCUAGUUUGGCCACAAAUGUUCUGGGAUCUGAAUCAACGCCCGAGAGCAGCAAUUUUAUUGGAUCUGCUUUCUCUUCGGGUCUUCCAAUUUAUUACCUACAAACUGAGUGCACGCUGAACUCUGGAUUCUCCUUUCCUUUCCAGAUAGCUGGCGAUACCAUGGAGCAAGAGGUCAGUUGUGCUCAGGGUUUACAUUUAUGGCGUAAUAGUUCUUCUGAGAUCAACAAUGAGGUAUAUAAAGGUUACCAAAGAGGUAACACAGAAGGACAGGUCAAUGAAAUAGUUUCAGCUUUUGAUUUUCUAAAUUCAAAUGAGAAUAGAUUUAAUGUCAGCAUAUGGUACAACUCAACCUACAACAUGGGUGACACUGGAUUUCGUUCUAUUGCAUUGUUGCGGAUUCCUCGUUCUGUAAAUCUGAUAUCAAAUGCCUACCUGCAGUUUCGGCUUGGACCCGGUACCAAAAUGUUGUUUGAGUUUGUAAAGGAAAUGCCAAAAUCUGAGACCCCAAUUAGGAUUGAGAUAGCUUCUCUUCUGGGCGGUCUGUUCUUUACAUGGGUCAUCCUGCAACUUUUUCCUGUUGUUCUGACAUCACUGGUAUAUGAGAAGCAACAAAAAUUAAGAAUCAUGAUGAAAAUGCAUGGUCUUGGUGAUGGGCCAUAUUGGAUGAUUUCGUAUGGUUAUUUUCUUGCCAUAUCCAUUAUCUACAUGUUGUGUUUUGUGAUAUUUGGCUCUCUUUUAGGACUAAAAUUCUUUACAUUGAAUGACUACAGCAUCCAAUUUGUGUUUUAUUUCAUCUAUAUAAACUUGCAAAUUUCGCUGGCAUUUCUGGUGGCUUCCAUGUUUACAAAUGUUAAGACUGCUACAGUAACUGCAUAUAUAGGUGUCUUUGGAACAGGGCUAUUAGCCGGCUUCCUUUUUCAAUUUCUUGUUCAAAAUACAUCAUUUCCAAGAGGGUGGAUCAUUUUAAUGGAGUUGUAUCCUGGGUUUGCUUUAUAUCGUGGGUUAUAUGAGUUUGCACAAUUUGCCUCAGAUGGGAGUACUUUGGGGACCGAUGGUAUGCGGUGGCAGGAUCUAAGUGAUAGAACCAAUGGCAUGAAAGAGGUCUUAAUUAUCAUGUUUGCUGAGUGGAUAGUAGUGUUUUUUGGUGCCUAUUACAUCGAUCAAGUAUUGUUGUCAGGAAGUGGAAAAAGUCCUCUUUUCUUCUUGAAAAGAUUUCAAAAAAUGCCUCCUCCGUCUUUCCAGAAGCCCAGUGUCCGAAGGCUGGGGUCAAAAGUUUUGGUUCAGAUGGAGAAACCUGAUGUCAUCCAAGAGAGAGAGAAGGUAGAGCAGCUGCUACUUGAAUCAACUAUUAAUCAUGCAAUUGUAUGCGAUGGCCUAAAAAAAGUCUAUCCAGGGAGGGAUGGAAAUCCAGAGAAAUUUGCAGUAAGAGGGUUGUUCCUUGUUGUGCCUCAAGGGGAAUGUUUUGGUAUGCUUGGUCCCAAUGGUGCUGGCAAGACUUCUUUUAUCAGUAUGAUGAUUGGUCUCACAAAGCCAACCUCUGGUACGGCAUUUGUUCAAGGCCUGGACAUAAGAACUCAUAUGGAUGGAAUAUAUACUAGCAUGGGUGUAUGCCCACAGCACGACUUGCUCUGGGAAAAUUUGACAGGUAGAGAGCACCUACUUUUUUAUGGAAGACUUAAAAAUCUUAAAGGUUCGGUCUUGACACAAGCAGUAGAAGAAUCUUUGAAGAGUUUGAACCUUUUUCAUGGGGGAGUUGCUGAUAAACAAGCUGGAAAAUACAGUGGAGGGAUGAAGAGGAGGCUUAGUGUUGCAAUUUCAUUGAUUGGGGAUCCCAGAGUUGUUUAUAUGGAUGAGCCAAGUACCGGGCUAGACCCUGCUUCAAGAAAAAGCUUAUGGAAUGUUGUUAGGCGCGCAAAACAGGAUCGUGCAAUCAUUCUCACCACACAUUCCAUGGAAGAGGCAGAAGCCCUAUGUGAUCGAUUAGGAAUAUUUGUAAAUGGUAGCUUGCAGUGCGUAGGAAAUCCAAAGGAGCUGAAAGCCAGAUAUGGAGGAACUUAUGUGUUCACGAUGACAACAUCUUCGGAGCAUGAGAAGGAUGUGGAGAACAUGGUGCAGCAGCUGGCUCCAAAUGCUAACAAGAUAUACCAUCUCUCUGGUACCUUGAAGUUUGAGCUGCCAAAAGAGCAAGUAAGAAUAGCAGAUGUAUUCCGAGCUGUUGAGAGAGCAAAGAGAAACUUCACUGUUUCUGCAUGGGGUUUAGUUGACACCACAUUGGAAGAUGUCUUCAUUAAGGUAGCACGUGAGGCUCAGGCAUUUGACACCUUGUCAUAAUUGUCAUACACAAUACACUGCUAGUCAUUCCAGCAGUGUAUAAAUAUUCUAUUUAUACCAUGUCCUAGCCCCUCCCUUAAUGUGAGAUCACUAGAGUCGCUUGGUCUUUACAAAUACAAGCGUUUGAGUGAUUUUCCUACUGAGGAUUUGCUUUGAUGAUGACAUCAAUCCUCGAUAUCAUAUCACUGCGGAUGAGGGAUGACCAAUUGAUAUGAAGUUAUAUUGUUAAAAGAAUGGAUUUAAAAGUAUUCUGUAGGAUAUACUAAACAGUCGUUA